CCGGAAACUCAAAAAAUCUGUACAGCAUUGCUGGUGGUGAUGAAUCGUGGAUUUACUGUUAUGAACCAGAAAAUAAACGACAGUCGGCUGUUUGGGUGUUCCAAGAUCAACCCCGAAAGAAGAAUCAUCCUCCACCAAGACAAUGCAAGCUCGCGCACAGCCCAACAAACAAGGCAGUUUUAACGGAAGAAAACGUGGAAUUAUUGGACCAUCCUCCAUAUAGUCCCGA